UUGCCUUAAAAUUUGACUGAAUAACCUUUUGCAGUUUUUUUAAGAACAUUUUAAUCAUCAAAUCUUAUCCAAAGUAAGCCAUGUUCUAAUAAAAUGCAAUGUCUUAGGUCUAGAAAAGUGACUUGUCUAGAGGUUUAUCAGCUUGAAUGUGUUGUCCAUGAUUGGCAGAGAGAGUGAGUGGUUAUGAUGACUACACCUGCUGGGCGAGUGGAAGGUGGAUGUGUAUAGUGAAGACAGCAGUGUUAUUCCUCAGAUCAAUAACAGCGGGAGAUUGCCAGACCCAGCAUGAAUGAGCCCAGGCUGGUUCGAGAAAGCCGGGGUGCCCUUGUUUUAAAACGGAUAAGCCAAGUGUCGUGUAUUUGUGGCUGUUGUGGAAAGUGUAACACAAGUUUCUCUUACGGAGCUGCCAGGAGUCAUGGAUCCUAUUCUCAAGGAAAAACAAUAUUUGAUUAUUUCUGGGAGCAAGCCCACUCUAAUGUGCAACUUUCUGUAGGGAAAACCUACAGUUUGCAAUGCUUGGACGGACGACGGAGGAGGCGGCGACGAUCUCGCUUCUCGCCAUCAGAGCCAUAUGGCAUUCCCAUUGGCUGUUUUGAGAUCUUUUUAGCGAAGGAGACACAUCAGCUGGCCGAGGCCAACCAUGAGAAGAAUGCCAAACUGCGAGAUGCCUUUGGCCUGGGGGACUAUGUUGAGGGGAGUGCCUUCGACCCCAACCGUAAGGCCAAGGAAGAAGCUGCCAAAGCGCUUGCCAUGGCACAAAGGAAAUACUCGACUGUAGAAAGCUCUGAUUCAGAAGAAAGAUCUCCGUCCCCUCCUCCCAAAAAGAAGAAGAAGAAAUCUCGCAAAAAACAUCGAGACGGAAGCAGAGAAGCCAGCAGCUCUCCUGAACGAAGAGAAAAGAAAAAGAAAUCGAAAAAGCACAAACAUGAUCGCUCUGAAUCUAAGAAAAAUAAGAAAAGUAAAAGACGGCGAAAAAGGAGUGAAGAAAAGAAGAAGCGGAGGAGAAGGAAAGAGUCAUCCAGCUCGGACUCAGACUCAGAUUCGGACUCUGAAUCGGACUCAGGAAGUUCCUCCUCGGCAGCUUCCCCCGACAGAAAUGGAAAGACAAGGAAGUCCUCCCAUCACUCACCCUCCCCAGCUAAACCCCCUGCUGACAGGGUUUGCCCCCCAGAGCACCGACCUUCCCCUGCAUCCAGAUCAAAGAGAGCCAAUUCGGAAUCGGAAUCGGACAAAUCCCCUCCAAGAUCAGCAAGACAAAAUGGGCACGCCAACUCCAAGUCAGGAGACAACAAGCCCAGAAAUGGCAAGACAAGCCCUUCACCGAAAAGAAAUCGAAGCAAGUCUUUGAGCUACUCUCCUGCUGACCGACGACGGGGAAAGUCGUCACCGUACAAAACCAAAUGCAGCAAAGAAUCCUCAAGAGGUCGGUCUCCCAAACAUGGAGAGAAGAGGCGACACUCCAGGUCCACAUCCAGGUCACCUUCAAAGCAGAAGAAGAGGUCACCAGUGAAGAGGUCAAGGAGAAGUUCAAGGUCGCCUACCAAUUCUCGGUCACGAUCGAGAUCCUAUUCCAGAUCCAGAAGUCGUUCCCGAAAGAGGGAAAGGAGCUACUCCCAUUCUCGAUCUCACAGUCGAAGACGGUCGUACAGUCGCAGCCCGAGCCAUGACUCUCGGCGCCGAGAAUCACGCAGCCCUUCGAUCCGGAGAAGGAAAGGCUCACCGAGUCACUUAGAUAAACGCCGGAUAACAAGUGCAAGAAAACGACCAGUCCCCUACUACAGGCCCUCUCCCCCCUCCCCCAGCUCCGACGACAGCUAUAGGUCAUACUCCAGGUCAAGGUCAAGGUCGCGUUUCCGUAGUCGUAGUCUGAGUCUAACAAAGCGCUACUCUAGGCGGCGGCGUAGCUGGAGCAGCUGCAGUCUUGACAGUCUGAAGCACUGAGAAAUAUCACAAGUUGUAGACACCUUCUCAAAUCCCAAGGGGAUCAUGGCUGGCCAAGUCGUCUUAGGUGCCGUGAUUCACUGUGCAGAGUUGCGUCCUUUGGGCACACCAGAAACCUAUGAUUGUGGUCAGCAUCAUGCUUGUGGGUUUCACCGAAGUGGUAAACGUCUAAGACUUGCAUCACUUCCUGCCACAUCAAGCUGACACGCCGUGAUAAAACUAGAAUAGUGUUAACAGCGGCGUUAAACCCAAAUAUCUCACUCACUGACUCACUCACAUCCCAAGCUUUUGUUUAAAAAAUGUCAAAAUGCCUGCCUCUGUAAGAAGGUCUUAGGCAUCUAUAUCAAGGAAUAUCGAACAAAUAUUGAAGUUCCUGGAACAGUUAGAGUACAGUCUGUCUGUGAUUCCUCCCUGCCGGGACAUCUCCUCAGUGUCGGGGUGCAACUUGUGAUAUUUCUUGGCUGACCCAACUUUAUUUGGUGCAAUACAUCCCAGUGCCCAAACAGCUGUUUUACCUGUGGUAGGGACAUUCCCACAUGUCUCCUGGAGGUGCUCAGUCGGUCUUAACACUGUACAUAACAUUUCUACAACACUGGACAGCACAGUUGGAUUAAAGACGAGCCGGCUUAUCCAAGAGACAUGUUGGAUCGGUCUGUAGUGCAGCAGUUUGAGCGCUGGGGAGAGGAGAGUUUAUGACGAUGAUGUCAUGGCAGGCGACUCAAACUGGCUGGUUUAACAUAUCAGAUUUAAGUUAUUGUUCGUUCGGACUGGUCUUUCAUUUUACAUGUAUUUAUUUAUAUGCUAUUUAUUGCACAUGUUGUGGCUUUUGCAACAGUUGUUGGUUUUAUUUUCGGUUUUAUAAAGAUGUUUGUUUUAUGACUCAACUAUGCUGGACCAAUUAGAGUUAUUUCCCCUUGAUUAGAGUCGGCUGGAGCAACAUGAAAUGAAACAAACAUUGUGUUGGUGUAGGUGAAGAUUACUGGCAGUGAAUAGCAUCCCAUGCUUGGUUUGUACCGGGUGUGCGAGUCAAUCAAGGGGAGGUAACUCCAUGAUGACUUUUAACCUUAGUGUAAGUGGGAGAUUACCUUCAUUAUUCACAACAGAUGCUGCCAGUCAGCACACGUAGAAAUCUAAACCUGACUUUUAAUGCAAAGUUUCUUUUGAAUUGAUGUUGGUUUGAACCAAAGAAAAUCAAAGCGUGAGAGUACAUAAAGAUUUCAUUCCAAGAAUUGCUAUUCCCUGCGUUGUACUGAAUUAUUGUCAACAUUUCAAGGCCAAACAACUCCUCAGUUCUGUCAGCAUCUCACCAUCAGAUGUCCAAGUCGUGACACCUUCAUGGCGAAUGCAUCCAAUGAGCUGUGUAAAUAUGCCAUGCCCUGAAAUGUUCAAGGACUACAGAUGUACAUAUAUGUAUUCCGAUGAGUGCAGAGUGCAUGGCUCCCCACGGAGGUCGUCUGUACAGACUGGUACGUACGUGACGGUAGUAUUAAGGGAUGGUAUACAUUGUACGAGGGGAAAUCACCUGUAUGUUGUCGUGUUUGUUUUAUGUAAACAUUGAACCGACUCAUUUUAACCCUUGAUACCUGCACAAAAGAGAUUAUGAAUUGCAUUAACUGUUAAACCCUUCACAACUUGUGACUGAAGAGUUGAAAAUCCUAUUACCAUUUCGUUUCUCAAACAAGGGUUAUGGUUAAUAAUUGGGGGGGGGGGACAGGGGCUUUGUACGAUACAAGAUAUUGAUGACCUGAAAAACAUGCCCUCAUGGUGACAUAUGAUAUUGUUAUGGCAAUCUUUGAUCUGGAUAGAAAUGUGGACGAGACCUUUGUGCAAAUGUCCAAUCACGACCCAACACAUCUUGGUGGUAUCAUGUUCUGUAUAGUAUGUUGCAUUGAAACUCAUCUGAUGGCGCCAUUGGUAGUUAGUUGCAUUCAUCGUAGUGUCACAGGAGGAGGACCUUGUGGGGUCAUGUUGGAGGUCAUUCAGGCCUUUAGUCUCAUUUCUGCGAUUUCCACAUCAGCAAAGAAUUCUUCCAAAGCUUUAAGGUGUACAGAAAGAACGUGUCCACUGUACACUUUGAAGCUUAAGAUGCUGUAUUAAAUUAUGUCUUAUGUUAAGAAAGUAGACACAUUCUCACCUAAAGACCUUUGUAAGUGUGUCCUUUGUUGGCCUGUGUUGGUCAGAUGUUGAUCACCCAAUCAUUGUUAAUAUGUGCAGAUAAUUACAAAGUUGUGGAGAGGUAAGUCUGAACAGUAGCAGACUCGGGGGACUCCACAUGUAGCAGACUCUCUCAUAGCGGGUGUAUUCCCUCAUAGGGGGUGUACUCUCUCAUAGGGGGUGUACUCCCUCAUAGCGGGUGUACUCUCUAAUAGCGGGUGUACUCUCUCAUAGCGGGUGUAGUCCCUCAUAGCGAGUCUACUCUCUCACCCACUCAGUGUAGUGCUGGUGGACAGACAUCCCAUGUGUGUCCUUCAUAUUGUACUAGUUGUGGGACGAUUCACAAUAUCCAUCAAGCAUCGAUAGGUCUAUCAUAUUGCAGUAUCUAUACAAAACAAAACAUUGUAUAGUUAAUAGUAUGUUAGUGUUACCCGUCACACAGGCAGUUUAUUUCAGAUUUAAGCCUUUUGACAUCCUAUUUGUUAAAUUUCCACAAGAAUCUAAAAUCCAGAAUAUUUUCUUAAUCUUAUUGUGACAUCCUGUGUAUCCCUCUGGUUACUGAUAUGUAUCAUAUCGUGACCUCACCUCGUACCCCGCACUGUAUCGUGAGUCGCCCCAGUCCUGUAGUGUACAGAACUCAUUACACGCACUGUGUAUAGCCAUGCAACCACGCUCAUGUACGUCUCAUUGUACAAUAAAACAUUCAACAUGC